CACCCACCAAAACCCGGGCGCAAUCUUUCCUCUCUCCCACACCUUCAAUCCAUGGAAGCUCCAACUGACUUCUCAUUCUUGGCGCCACUCCUCUUAGCAAUUGCCAUCGCAUUACUCUUCUCACUCAACCGAUUCCUAUCACCCGGACCCAAAAACCUGCCGCCGGGGAGCCUAGGAUGGCCGGUGAUCGGCGAAACCCUCCAAUUCCUCUUCGGCACCCCUGAAAAAUUCAUCUCCCACAGAAUGAAGAAACACUCUCCCCAAAUCUUCAAAACCAACAUCCUCGGCGAGAACACCGUCGUCCUAUGCGGUCCCGCCGGCCACAAAUUUCUCUUCUCCAAUGAACAAACCAUCUUCACCGUCUUCCGCCCGCAUUCCAUCCAAAAGCUCUUCAGAGAACCCAAGGGCCGAACCGUAAUCCAGCCCAAUUCGGCGGGCGUCACAAAGCUCAUGAGAUCUCCGGGGUUCCUAAAACCAGAGGCCCUCGUGAGAUACGUCGGAAAAAUGGAUUCUUUCACCCAGAACCACAUUCGAGCUUACUGGGAAGGCAGAGAAUUGGUCCACGCGUUUCCCCUGGCGAAGUCGCUGACUCUGUCUCUCGCCUGUAGCUUCUUCCUGGGAACCGACGAUCCCACGCGCAUCGCCAGGCUCGUCGGGAGUUUCGAUGACGUCACCGUGGGAUUGCAUUCCUUUCCCCUCAAUUUCCCCGGAACCGUCUUCCGCCGGUCGAUGACGGCGGCAGGGGUGAUCCGCGGGGAGCUGAUUGCAAUCAUCAGAGAAAAGAAGGCCGCAAUUGCCGGCGGCGCUCCUCUGCUCGACAUACUUUCGCACCUCAUCGUCGCCACCGACCCUUCUUCGGGGAAUCACAUGGCGGAGUCCGAAAUCGCCGGCAAGGUCAUGGGGCUGCUGGUCGCCGGUUACAGCACGGUGGCUACUGCCAUCACUUUCUUCUUGAAGUACGUCGGCGAGAGAAGUGACAUCUACGCCAAGGUCCUCGCAGAGCACAGGGAGAUCUCGGGGAGGAAGAAGGCAGGGGAAUUGCUGGAAUGGGACGACUUUCAGGGGAUGAAGUACUCAUGGAACGUGGUACAGGAAGUGAUGAGGCUAACGCCGCCGCUGCAGGGGGCAUUCAGGGAAGCGCUGACGGAGUUCAGUUACGGCGGCUACACGGUGCCGAAAGGGUGGAAAGUGUACUGGACGGUGAGCACGGCGAAUAUGGACCCGGAUUACUUUCCGGAUCCGGAGCGGUUCGACCCGUCGAGGCAUGAUCAAGUGGAUAAUAAUAAAACGGCUGCUUUCGCGCUCGUGCCGUUCGGAGGCGGGCCGCGGAUGUGUGCAGGGAAAGAGUACGCGAGGCUGGCGAUCCUGACGUUCGUGCACAAUGUGGUGACGAGGUUCCAGUGGGAGGCCGUGGUCGCCGGUGAAAAGGUGGUCGGAGAUAUGAUGCCGACUCCCCAGUUAGGCCUUCCUCUUCGCCUUCAACAACACUGAAAAUACGUCCACACCAUUAAAAAAAAACGUUCUUUGACUGUAGUUUCACGUAUCCGCUCGGUUUGUUUUGUGAUUUUCUUUUCAAUUUGUUCUGUAACUCUUCGUUUUGUGAUGUUAGACUGUAGUAUGGGCUCCGAGUAUGAUCUCGCAGUCAUACUGUAGUUUCGCAUCUCCGCUCGGGUUUAUUUUGUAAUUUUUUCUUUUUAAUUUGUUCAGAAACUCUUUGUUCUGAUUUUGGUACGAGU